AUGUCAUUAGAAGGUCUUCAGCCACACCAAAAUAUUCAGAAUCUAAUGCUCACAAAUUAUGGGGGUGUUAAGCUCUCCGGAUGGCUCUUAUCACUUACUAAUCUGGUGGAGUUAACUUUGAAAGAUUGUGCAAAAUGUGAGUAUCUGGUUCCAUUGAAUCAAUUCAAGUGUCUCAAGCAUUUGAAACUUGAGAGGUUGAUAUGUUUAGAGUACAUAUCCAACACUAAUAGUGUCAGUGAAGACUUGGUUGGUUCAACAACAACAUUACUGCCAUCUCUAGAGACACUUGAGUUGUUGGAUUUGCCUAAUUUAAAGGGAUGGUGGAGAGAGAUUGAAGUUGACCAUUCUUGUUUUGAUGCAAAUGCAAAUGCAAAUGAAGAUAAUCACACUUCCUUGCCUUAUUAUCUCCCUUCUCUUUCAAAAUUAACUAUACGUGAUUGUCCUAAGCUGACUUGCAUGCCACUUUACCCACGUUUGGAAGGAAAAUUGCAGCUGAACAAGACUAGUUGGAAGCCAUUAGAAGAGACAUUAAGAAUGAGGAUGAUGUAUCUAACAACUCCUUCUUUCUCACCUCUCUCCAAAUUAGAAAGGCUGUAUCUAACAGACAUUGAUGAUCUAGAAUGUCUUCCAGACUCCUUCAAGAGCCUUGCUUGUCUCAGUCGCUUUCAUAUUGAUGGUUGUCCUAAAUUGAAGGAUUUGUGUCCUGGUAUUCUACAUCUCUCAUCACUUCGACGUUUGUGGAUUUCAAGAUGUGAGAGGUUAGGGGACAUGCUGAUAAGUGAUGAUUAUGACUCUAUGUGGCAAGCUCUAAAUGUAACACUCCAAUCAUUAGGACUCUGUAAGUUGCCAAAUAUAGUGACUGUUCUUCCUAGGGGUAUCCAACAUCUUACAAGCUUACAACAACUUGAAGUUUUCAAGUGUGAUAGUCUAACAACAAUUCCAGAGUGGAUCAACAACCUCAAAUCACUUAAGAGUCUUUGGUUAUAUGACUGCCCCAAUCUGACAUCAUUCCCUGAAGGAAUUCGAAGCCUCACCACUUUGAAUCUGUUAUAUAUUGAUUCCUGUCCCAUGUUAUUGAAGAGAUGCAAAAGGAAUACAGGUGAAGAUUGGGAUAAGAUUUCUCAUAUAGAAGACUUGACCUUAAUUCCAGAUGCAAACAAAGAAGAAGAAAAUGAGGGAUGCAACCUCUUGAACAAGUUUAGGCUACGCAAUACAAGAAAUGAAGGAUAGAUUAGAUAUAUCAUAUAUUUUGCAAAUCCCUUCUGCAAUAUGUACAAGUUUACUGUGUAUGCAGUUACUU